ACGUCCCAUUCGUUUUCUACAGGAAGGUACCAUCGGGGAUCAUUUGGUGGUGAAACCCGUCCCAACCGUGUACAGGAAACACGUMCAGUCCACCACCCCAGACGACGAGAUGUUCUUGGAUCAAGAGUCCCGAGACGGCGAAAACGAGGUGUCCGACCAGGGUUUUCCGCUCAAGUCACAAAAAUACGUGGCACAUCACAAGCACGUAGUGUACAGGAGGAAUCCCGAAACUGACCGGACAGUGGGAGAUUAUGCGCUAAUGGAACCGGACGCGUUGCCGAGGAGUAGGAGGAAAAGAUCGAUCUCCAAGCGGGAAGCGCCAUACGCCAUUUACCCGGAAAUAAUGGUCAUCGUCGACUAUGACGGUUACAGGUUGCACGGGGGAGACAACGUACAAAUUAAACGUUACUUUGURUCAUUCUGGAACGGCGUAGACCUGAGGUACAGACUACUGAAGGGCCCGAAAAUACGUAUAAGCAUCGCGRGCAUCAUUAUAUCGCGGGCGAGAGAUGCAACACCGUAUUUGGAGAGGAAUAGAGUCGGUAGAGACGCCAUUGACUCGGCGGCUGCACUCACGGAUAUGGGUAAAUACCUGUUCAAAGAACGAAGACUGCCAGUAUACGAUAUCGCCGUAGCCGUCACCAAAUUAGACAUGUGCAGGCGACAAUACCCACACGAUACAUGCAACAGGGGUACCGCAGGAUUUGCGUACGUAGGCGGUGCUUGUGUAGUGAACAAACGUCUCGAGAAAGUCAAUAGCGUCGCGAUCAUCGAGGACACUGGUGGCUUUUCGGGCAUCAUCGUAGCGGCGCACGAAGUCGGUCAUCUGUUGGGUGCGGUUCACGACGGUUCGCCACCGCCGACCUACCUGGGCGGACCAGGAGCGGAGAAAUGUCGCUGGGAAGACGGAUACAUCAUGAGCGAUCUGCGGCACACGGAAAAAGGAUUCCGGUGGUCACCGUGCAGCGUGUCAUCUUUCCAUCAUUUCUUAAAUGGUGACACGGCUACGUGUCUGUUCAAUUCGCCGCACGAAGACGAGUCACUACCAAGGAUGUUGCCAGGAAAACUGUUGACUCUGGACGCCCAGUGCAGAAAAGACCGAGGGACCAGCGCCUGUUUCAAAGAUGAUCGGGUGUGCGCUCAGCUGUUCUGCUUUGACGCAGGUUCGGGUUACUGCGUGGCGUACAGACCCGCGGCCGAAGGAUCACCUUGCGGAGAUGGACAACAUUGCACCAACGGCAAGUGCAUAACGGAACACGAGAACAUAAUACCGGACUUUUCGCAAAACACGCCAGCUUAUCUGCGCCGGUUGGGAGACGAAGGAGAAGCGACUCAAGACUGGCCGCAGUUUUUGACUCCUAACGUCACGACACAGAGGUCAGUKUGGAAUGACUAUUGGAGGACAACCCAAAAGACUAUUGCCACCACCACUAGUACUAGUAACAAUCAGCACCCCCGACCGCAAAACAUGUACGCUCCAAACCCUUACCAACAACCUCCACAGAUAACCAAGACUAACGGCGACGUUCAUGACGCGCGAUUACCUACAUACAAACAACUACUACUACAACAACAACAACUACAACAACAACAACAACCCCAAACUAAACAACAACUAUCACUAGGUAACGGCGACAAAAACGAAGACCCGUUGGCCGCGUUGCUUAAAAACAAAUACUACCACUCGGGGCCGCAAGAGUUGAAAACCGUCGAUCGACCUCAGUCGUCGUCCAACAGUAACGGCGGCGGCCCGUACGCUGACGAGUGCGUGGACCGAGCCGGAGCCAUGGACAUGCUGGGAGCCGUGUCCUGUUACGACUACUUGACUAGGUACGGCAUGGGACAUUGUUCGAACCCGUACAUCCGGGAAAACUGUUGCGCCGCUGUCAAGUACGUGUGCAACGGCGGCGGCCCGUCGCGACAACUGCAAUUGCAACAGUUCGGCUGAGCGAUCAAGUGCAGCAUACACGCAAUGCUCGACGCGCAGAUGCAGUUUUUACCCGUUCCCGUCCCACCAGCCAGCCAGCUAACCCGCCCGCACGUACCUAUCGUCAAGUUUUACGAUAUAUAUAUAUAUAUAUAUAUAUAUAUACAUAUUAUAUAUAGAUAAAAACAAAAAAACAAAAAAAAACU